CAGGGCCCCGCAGCAGGCUCGGAGCCCCGCCGAGCCCCCAGCGAGCCGCGGGGGAUUGAGGAGCCGCAGGAAUUGGGAACAGCCCCGCCGCUCCCACUGCAAUAAAGUUCUCCAAAAUGAUCUGUACAACCUCAUAUUUACCCCUGAGCAAGAACUCUCACACAGGCAGUGCCUAAUGCAAGAUUCCUGAAGUAGCAGAGAGCAGAAAAUGAGACAUAUGGCUCCAGAGAGGAGGAGGACCUGGCUGCCAGCACAGACUACCACAUCGGCAACAGGAGAGCCCCUAGGGAUGCAUCUGGACUCCCAGGAGGGGACCUGGCUUCAGAUAAUGUUAAGAGUCCUCUUCAUUGAUUAUUGGCAGCUGCUGCAUUCUGAGAAAACCUCUUCCAAUUUGUCUUUCCGGAUCCUUUGACUUCCCGCUCCGAGAGCCUUACAGCCUCCCCAAACACCUCAUAAAUGCACUGCAAUGGUCACAUGAACACCUUGGAAGGGGAACCUCUGCAACUCCUCAUUCCCAUGGCACAUUAGGAGGAGCACCUGGAAGAGUGCUAAGUCCAGCAGGAGCUGGAAGCCCUGCCAAAGAUGAAUCUCAUCGGGAAGCUCCGCAGAAGCUUCCGAACUCUGGUCAUUCUCCUGGCCACCUUCUGCUUGGCAAGCAUUGUCAUCUCUGCCUAUUUCCUCUACACUGGCUACAAGCAGGAAAUGGCCCUCGUGGAAACCACUGGGCAAGCAGAGUGCGAGGACCUCAAACUUCUGCCCUACAGGUCCGCGGAGCUGCGAACACCUAAGCCAAUUGAUCCCUCUAGGACUGAUCCCACUGUGCUCCUGUUUGUGGAAAGCCAGUACUCCCAGCUAGGGCAAGACAUCAUAGCCAUCCUCGAGUCCAGCAAGUUUCAGUACCACAUGGUCAUUGCACCAGCCAAGGGGGACAUUCCCCCUCUCACAGACAACGGGAGAGGGAAGUACACCAUCGUUAUAUACGAGAAUAUUUUAAAGUACGUGUCCAUGGACUCGUGGAAUAGAGAGCUUCUGGAAAAAUACUGUGUGGAAUACAGUGUUAGCAUAAUUGGUUUUCAUAAAGCCAACGAGAACAGCUCCCCGAGCAGCAGACUGAAAGGGCUGCCCCUGCAGCUGUACAACAACGUGGCCCUCCGAGACUGCGUGGUGAACCCUCGCUCGCCCCUGCUGCGCAUCACCAAAGCGCCCAGGGUGGAGCAGGGCCCCCUGCCCGGCCAGGACUGGACCGUGUUCCAGUUCAACCACUCCACCUACCAGCCCGUGCUGCUGGGCGAGCUGCAGCCCGCCAGGCCCACCCCCACCACGCUGCCCCGUGCUGCUCUCUAUGCAACCGUCAUCCAGGACCUGGGCCUGCACGAUGGCAUCCAGAGAGUCCUCUUUGGGAACAACCUGACCUUCUGGCUCCACAAGCUCAUCUUCAUCGAUGCCCUCUCCUUCCUGUCAGGAAAGAAGCUGACGCUCUCCUUGGAGAGGUACAUUCUGGUGGACAUCGACGACAUCUUCGUGGGGAAGGAGGGGACGAGGAUGAACGUCCACGAUGUGAAGGCUUUACUAGAGACUCAAAAUUUACUGCGCACUCAGGUUGCAAAUUUUACCUUCAACCUUGGAUUUUCAGGAAAAUUUUACCACACAGGGACUGAGGAGGAGGAUGAGGGCGAUGACCUGCUGCUGAGAUCUGUGGAUGAGUUCUGGUGGUUUCCCCACAUGUGGAGUCACAUGCAGCCACACCUCUUCCACAACGAGUCCUCACUGGUGGAGCAGAUGAUCCUCAACAAAGAGUUUGCAAUGGAGCACGGCAUUCCCACGGGCAUGGGCUACGCGGUGGCUCCGCACCACUCGGGGGUGUACCCGGUGCACGUGCAGCUCUACGAGGCCUGGAAGAAGGUGUGGCACAUCCGUGUGACCAGCACAGAGGAGUACCCGCACCUGAAGCCUGCACGGUACAGACGGGGCUUCAUCCACAAUGGCAUCAUGGUGCUCCCUCGACAGACCUGUGGCCUUUUCACUCACACUAUUUUUUACAAGGAAUAUCCUGGUGGUCCUCAGGAGCUGGACAAAAGUAUCCGAGGAGGGGAACUGUUCCUCACCAUUCUCCUGAACCCCAUCAGCAUUUUCAUGACCCACCUGUCCAACUACGGCAACGACCGCCUGGGCCUCUACACCUUUGCCAACCUUGCCAGCUUUGUCAGGAGCUCCACAAACCUGAGGCUGCAGACGCUGCCCCCCGUGCAGCUGGCCCAGAAGUACUUCCAGCUCUUCCCCGAGCAGACUGACCCCCUCUGGCAGAACCCGUGUGACGAUAGGCGACACAGGGAUAUUUGGUCCAGAGACAAAACUUGCGACCACCUGCCCAAAUUCCUGGUGAUCGGACCCCAGAAAACAGGAACGACAGCCCUUUAUUUAUUUCUUCUGAUGCAUCCUUCCAUUAUCAGCAAUCUCCCCAGCCCAAAAACUUUUGAGGAAGUUCAAUUCUUCAAUGGCAACAACUACCACAAGGGAAUUGACUGGUACAUGGAAUUCUUCCCCACUCCUUCCAACACCACCACUGACCUCCUCUUUGAGAAAAGUGCCAACUAUUUCCAUUCUGAGGAAGCUCCCAAGAGAGCUGCUUCCCUCAUCCCCAAGGCCAAGAUCAUCACCAUCCUCAUCGACCCGUCCGACCGCGCCUACUCCUGGUACCAGCACCAGCGCUCCCACGAGGACCCCGCUGCCCUGAGGUUCGACUUUUACCAGGUGAUCACGGGCGGGCCCUGGGCGCCGCCGGAGCUGCGGGCGCUGCAGCGGCGCUGCCUGACCCCCGGCUGGUACGCGCUGCACAUCCACAGGUGGCUCUCGCACUUCCCGCCCUCCCAGUUGCUCAUAAUUGAUGGACAGCAGCUGAGAAGUGACCCUGCUACUGUGAUGGAUGAAGUGCAGAAGUUUCUGGGAGUCUCUCCUCACUACAAUUACUCUGAAGCCCUAACGUUUGACCCUCAGAAAGGUUUCUGGUGCCAGUUAUUGGAAGGAGGAAAAACAAAGUGCCUGGGGAAAAGCAAAGGUCGGAAAUACCCACCAAUGGACCAAGAGUCCCGAGCGUUUUUGUCGAGCUACUACCGAGAGCACAACGUGGAGCUGUCCAAGCUGCUGCACAGGCUGGGCCAGCCCCUGCCCUCCUGGCUGCGGCAGGAGCUGCAGAAGGUCAGGUAGCACCGGGGGCACCCGGCCAGGCGCAUCCCUGCCCGCUCAGACCCGCCCGCUCCUCCGGCUCACUCGGCAUCGUCAGGACAGGACCUCACGGACCCCGCUCUUCCCAGCGAAACCAGACAAACCACAGGAGAACAAAUAAAAAGCCCCAAACCCAAGCCCGACAAGUGUUGGAAUGCCCGCGCUGCCGGCGGAGCGGCACCGAGCCCUUCUGCCGGCUGCCGGGAGAGCGCACGGCGCCAGCGGCACCUCCCGCACCCGGGCCGGGGCCGCGCGGAGCCUCGCUCCUCCCUUCUCCAGGAGGCACCGGGAACGCUGUGUGGGACGGACGGACACCGCGUGGACAAACUGCAGUCUGUCAGGACACGGGCAAAGGAUGGGAACGUCUCUCGCUGGACUGGGAGUUCAUCCUUUUAGUGUGACUGCAAAGGUGUGGACCUGCCCACGGACUUGAUUCCUCCAUCGCUCUCCUACCUAGAAAAGCUGCCAAAAAGAAAUAAGGAUUUGCAAGCGACACAGAUUCUGAAGUGUUCAGCCCUCCAGAGACUGGAUAACUUUUCUAAGACUUACUAUGAUUUCUGUAGUAUUUCAGAACAAAGGACAUCCUGUUGAUAGAGCUGAGGAAAAACUUCACUGUCUUGCCCAAGCUCUUUUUUUUUAAAUUUUUCUUUCCCCUCCUACGUGACGACAGCAAAUCCAGUUGAACAAAUACUUGGUGUUGAAGCAGAAGGAAUUAAAAUAACUUUUGAUCACUCAAAGUAUUUUUUCUUUUGGGGGGUAGGGAUGGUGAGGGAUGUCAAGGACUGUACUUGCUGGAAUUGUUUCAAAUAAUUGAUGUGCACACAGCUGACUAUGGGUUCUUCUCACUGCCACAGAAUAAACACUUCUGAUGGUGUAUUACAGAGAGAGCUCUGCUUCUUCCCUUAAACCCUCCUUCCCAUUUCCUGAGCCAGAAUCUGCUAUUCCACAGCCUGUGCCAUGUAUUUCAAACAGU